CAAUUGUGGCGCGGACGCGCAGUGGGCUGCUCGCUUUAUAUUGAACUGACCUUAUUUACACACUGUGAUCUUGAGAGUGGGGUCGACAAACCCUUGCGAUAUACUGCCAUUGCCUUCACUACAUCUAGUUUGUUCCGAGAGCCGGUUCUGCAUUGUUUGUGUUUAUGGACCGCGGGUAACAGCUGACAACAUGGUUGAAGUCAAGAUAACCGAAGACAUCAGAGUUGGCGGCAAAAAUCCUUGUUUUAUAAUAGCGGAAGUCGGACAAAACCACCAAGGUGAUAUUGAAAUCGCAAAAAAGUUGAUAAAAGCAGCUAAGGAUGCCGGCGCCAGCUGCGUAAAAUUUCAAAAGACAUGUCUCAAAGAAAAGUUCACAAAGAAAUACUUGGAGAGACCCUACAAUAACCCUAACUCCUGGGGGGAGACCUACGGAGACCAUAAGAGGCAUCUAGAGUUCUCAGAUGCUCAAUACAGGGAACUAUUCAAAUAUGCCCAAGAAGUGGGCAUUUUGUUCACGGCAUCCGCAAUGGACAUGGUCUCCUUCGACUUCCUAGUCAAUAUCAAAGUGCCGUUCAUAAAAAUCGGAUCAGGGGACUCCAACAACCUGCUGUUUCUCAAAUACGCGGCCUCCAAGAAGGUUCCCUUGAUCAUCUCUACAGGGAUGGUUGACAAAUCGGCAGUGAAGACAAUCUACGAUAUUGUAUCAGCGCAGCACAAGAAUUUCUGUCUGUUGCAUUGCAUAUCAGCGUACCCGGUGCCGUAUGAAGACUGCAACCUGACCGUGCUGCAGGAUUAUAAGAACACCUUCGAUAUUCCUGUGGGAUAUUCUGGACAAGAGAUUGGAACAGCCGUGGCGUUAGCUGCAGUCGCUUUGGGAGCUAAGGUGUUAGAGAAGCACAUAACAUUAGACAAAACGUUGAAAGGCACAGACCACGUGUGCUCGCUGACGCCGCCCGAGUUCCAGCAGCUGGUGCGCGACGUGCGAGUGAUCGAGGCCUCGCUGGGGACGCCCAUCAAGAAAGUCGUCACAUCUGAAAUCCCAUGCAUCGACAAACUGCAGAAAUCACUAGUCAUGGGGUCCACGAAGAACAAAGGGGAAAUUUUAUAUCCCGGCGACGUGAAAAUCAAGGUCGCUGAACCAAAAGGACUGAACGCGCUUCACUUUGAAGAGGUUAUCUACAAGACCUUGGUGGUAGACAAGAGGGAGGACGAACCUCUCAACGAAGGAGACUUCUGUCAGUAAAAUAUGCAAUAAUAAACAUACUACGUGUUCAAUUAGGCAGUUUUGCCAUAUAAUGCAAUAUUCUGGGCUCAAAGUUAAUAUGACUACCUAGAUCGUUUUAAGCUUCUGUGGCAUACAAUUAUUCCAAUAUAGCAUAACUGCAAAAAGUAAAGGUAUCCUAUGUUUUUAUAACAUUACAGAAGAAUUAUGUAUAUUUAUAUUUACCUAUUUCUAUGAUUUUUUUGUGAAGAUUUAUUGAUAAUUAUGUCUUUGGACUUGAAGGGUGUUCUUGAUAUAGAUCAACAAAAAUAAUUUUAGGUCCAUUUGAAUACAGGGUUGGUAUAUGUUGUGACUGGACAUUGCUUUUUAGUCAGGAGUUUUAGCGAGUGCCAUAGGAUAAAACUAAACUAUACUACGAUAAACAAUACGAUGUUGAAGUUUUAAGUAUUUAAAAAAUGAUAAGUAUUACGAGAAUUGAUAAAAUUACAUUUUUUAUGCCCCGAUAUUAUAAAGAAAAUAAUAAAUUAAUAAUACUACUGCUUUGAUGAAUUUACAAAGUGAAACGAAUUAAUUGUUUAUUUAUAUCUCAUUAUUAACGAUAUGUUUGAAUUUACAAAAUAAGCUAUAUUCUUGCUCAAUUCUGGCGAUAUUAUAGUAUAAUAUAAUUACCAUUAUUAUUAACGUGUUUUACCUGUAAUAAGAUAGUUUAAGAAUGCAUAAUACAAAUAAUUAUAUCUGCGCUCAAAGAAAACUGUAAAUGUAUUUUUAUAUACUGAAUUUCAUAACAAUAGAAAGUUAUUGAAUGAA